AUGGGAGUAUACAUACCACCACCGAACGACAAAGAUGACGGAGAUAAAAAGAAACAGGAUACCAACUCCAACACCAACCAACCAACCCCCCCCUCAUCAUCAUCACCGUCAGGUUCUACAACUAUAUAUAUCCCAAACCCAGCUUCCUCAAUUCCACGAAAUCCCAAAGUUGGUUUAAUAUGGGGCCCAUUAACUCCAGCAUCUGAUAAUUUGCCUGCAUUAUACUCGAUGAUCGGUUUACAAUUUGUAAUUGGUUGUGGGUUUUUCAAAUACGCCCGAACCUUAUCUCGACUUCGACCAAUUGGUGGGUUCCAACAACAACCUCAUGCUCACAUGGCUCCAAAAUUGGUACGUACUGGUCCCAUUUGGAAAAUUGCCUUGAGUGUGAUUACUGGAUCCGCGUUAUCAUUUGGAAGUGGAUUGGAAUUGUGUCGAGUGACAUUACCGUAUGAUCCAUGGUAUGAUGAAGCACAACACUAUCGACGCAUGGCAGUAAAGAAUGGCGAUAAACCAAGUUCAUGGUUUGGAGCAUAUAGAUAUUAUAAACCAAUGGAUUUUAAAACUUGGAUAGACAAAGUUGGUGAUUGGAUUGAAAAUGUCGAAAAGGAAAUAAAAAUCGAUGAUCCAGCAAAUUUUGCCAAUCUAUCAUUGGAAUUAGGAAAGAAUAGCAAUGUAAUCAAUGUUCAACGUCAACCUCAAACAAGUGGAGGGAUAUUAAACAAGUUGAAUAAUAAGGGGAAAUACUUGGAAAUUUACACCAAGUUGAAUGAAAAUAAUACGAAAAGAUGGGAGAAACUUUUACAUGAAGAUUUGAAUGAAGUGACAGAAUUGAAUAAGGCUCCAAGAUUAGAUUUGAUACUAGAAGGGAAAUCUGAUUUGAUCAACCCAGAAUUUACAAAAUCUGCCAUAAUCUUGGGGAACCAUACUAUGGAUGACGAUGAUCAGUUUGAAAUGGUGUGGUUGAAUUUCGAGCCAUGGGAUGAAUUGAAACUAGAUACAGAAUAUGAUAUUCGUCUUGUUCCAAGCUAUGCAGGUGCCACUGAAGAAAUAGAAAACGAGGAUCAAGAGUCUCCUCUCACUGACAACGUGGUGGCGAAACAGACCUAA